GCCCUCCCCAACCCAACCCCCUUUUCAGUUUUCUCCCUGUUCUAGAAAAAAAAUAAACCUCUCUCCCCGUCUUCUCGACUCAAGUCGCAAAGCCUUCCCCUCCCUGGAUUCCACAACCCCACGCGCGCGCCUCCCAACCCUGUACGCCAGAUCGGCUCCCACCACCGCACGCGCAGAAUCCGUUUGGAGUUUCGACGCCGGCGCGGCAGCGAGCAGCCGGUCCCAGGGCGUCCGUCCCCCUGCUCCCCCGCGGGCACCAGCAAGGUUAGUCUUGUUUCGACAGAAUGCAAGACCCUAGAGGUAUGGGGCGAGAGGAUUUCUCGGCCUCGAAGUCACAGAAGAGAAAGGUUGUGUAUCGGCCUUUGCCUUCAGUCCAGAUAAAAACUGAACCUGAACUGCUGCGGAGGGAUGUUCCACAUUCGUUGGCCAAUACACAGAAGCCACCUAAGAGAAGCUUCAGGAGUGAGCCCCGCCCUCCCACGCCGCAGUCUGACCGAGGAACUCCGGACUCGCUACCAGAUUCUGGUCCUGCAGAUGAAUAUCGGGCGCUACGGAGGAAGUACAUGAUGCUGGAGGAAGAGAACUACACGCUGGAUGCACAAUUAGGCAUGGCAGAAGAGGAAGCCAAAACUCUCGAGGAUGAGAAGUUUGCAUUGCUCGAUCAGCUCGUUGUCUUGGAAGGUCUUGUGGAGCCUUCGCAGCUGCAGCCACAGCGAAGGCUAUAAGCAAGCCAUCUAUGUGUGACCCUUCGUUUUUUCUAGUGUAAUCCUGCAUCUAGUAUUGUUAAGUGUGAUUAUCCUCAAGAUGUAGCCAUUGUAGUGGAAAGAAAAAAAAAACCUAUGACAUCAGGUUUAAGAACUAUGGAAUUCAUGAAUGAUGCAACUGAUCUAGAUAAUUUAUCUAUGUUCUACUCCCUUCAUCCUGUAAUAUAAGAUGUUAUUACAACCAAUAUGUGAGUAUAUCGGUUGUAAUAACGAGAGCGGCGAUGGUAUGGACGAGCUCGCGCGCUCCCGGUAUGUGUACCAAUGGGACGUUGCCGCGUUGAGGUGUGUAUUAAGUGCGUUCGGUCAGAGGCGCGACAGAUACAACAACUAAGCAGUAUAAUACAGAGACGGGUCCGUCAACGAUCACAGUUCCCUUGAUGGUACAAGUUGCAUAUGUGCCGCUUGCUCAUUUCUGUUUCCCACGGUACAUAACCCCUCUCGCAAAAAUGGCGUAACCUUAUCGGAUAAGCGUCUUCCUCCGAGGAAAAAACAGAAGGGGAUGGCCAUGCUAUGACAUUGUGGGUCCAUACUCCGGCGGCAAAGCUUCUGCGAAAAAAAACUAUCCUUCGAGACGCUGCACGACGGCAGGGAUGCAUAGCUAUGGCGACGGCGGAGGCGACAGGCGAGGGCUUGGAGUUCCUAUCGGAUCCAGUUUACAGGUUUCCUCUGCCAGAUCUCACCGCCGAUGAAUCGCUGCUGACCGGCGGAGGCAACCAAACUUUCGUAUGCACGGCUACCGAAUCCAGUAUCGGUGAUGUGGGCGAUGCGGCGGUGACAUGGGAACUAGAUUUGCAGAGCGAAUGCAAUGGAGUGGCUCUGUCCGCGCCGAACUCAGAGCAGUCGAUGGGCAAAGACGAUCCUCAGGCGCCGGGCUGGACCAAGAGACUGCGUGUUGGGCAUGCACCUGAAGUCCUGAAGAACGCCCUCCGUGUGCUGGCAGAAUGAGUGCUCUUGAAAAAACAUUGAGAAGAAAACUGACUGUUGUUUCUUUGUGGCAUUUGCAGGGGAUUCCGAAGAAAAGCAACACCCGGACUUGCCGGUGCAGGUGCCCCGCGCUCAUACGAUUGCUCCGAUCAAAGGACAAUGGAUGGUACAUAAGUGAGUUCAUACCAUCACACAACCAUUCGUUAAUGGAGAAGUGUGGCGAGAAGGUGUACUAGCCCUCACAGAGACAUAUCGAUAUAUACACAUGUGAUGUGGUUAAGCAGCUCCGUGAAAAUAACAAUAGCAUUGGCAAGGUUUACAAUAUAAUUUGUAGUUUCUUUGGUUCAAUGUCCAAUGUGCCAUUCACCAAAAGAGCGUUGAGGGGGCUAUGUGGCAAGAUCAGCCGUGAGCAAGCAGACGAUGAUGUCAGGAAGACAAUGGAUGCUUUUGCUGAGUUGGGAGCAAAAGAUAUUGGUCUGUACUACAGAGUGCAGCCGGAUGAGGAUAGCCGCAUACGGAAUUUGUUAUGGUCAACUGGAUCAAGCAGGGCCCAGUACCACUUCUUUGGAGAUGCAAUAACAUUUGAUACAACAUACCGUACCGACCUCUAUGACAUGCCAUUUGGCCUGUUUGUGGGAGUCAACAACCACUUCCAGACCAUGAUAUUUGGUGUCGUCCUAGUAAGAGAUGAGAUAGUCGAGACUUUUCAGUGGGUUCACUGAAUUCAUCCGCAUGAUGGGCGGAAAACAUCCACAAACUUUGCUUACAGAUCAAUGCAGGUCCAUGGAGAUAGCAAUGGAGAAAGUGAUGCCAGAAACCACUCACCGCUGGUGCAAGUGGCACGUGCUGAAGAAGGCAAAGGAAUCUCUGGGACCAUACUACACAAAGCGCAACAAAUUCAGGUCAGAGUUCCACAAGAUAAUACAUCACAUGCUGACACUGGAGGAAUUCGAAACUGCAUGGAAGCAACUGACAGAAUCACAUGGCUUGGAAAAACAUCCUUACCUUACUCACAUCUAUGAAACAAGAGCAAAAUGGGCUAAACCAUACUUCAAAGGGAAGCAAGUGAAAACUAUGAGGAGAGACACACAAAAAUUGUAGCCCCAGUAUUGAAAAUGAACACACCAAUAGAGUUGCAUGCAAGCAGAGUCUAUACACGAACCAUGUUCUAAAAUUUUGGUGAGAUUAUAUACGGAGCAGGUCAAUACAGAGUAGAGGAGGUGACUAGACAGAAAACCUACUUGGUGCAACGAUACCACCCAGAAAAAUAUGAGAAGUGGUGCAGGAUUGUCUACAAAGUAGAACUUGCCGUCGAAGGGAAUGAGUUGAUAUGUGAGUGUUCUAGUUUCGAACACACAGGUCUGCUAUGCUGCCAUUCAGUGAAGGUAAAAAGUAAAUCCCUUGGUACAUGACGCGGCGUGAGCGUUACACACAAACCUGUAUGAUAUGCCAUUUGGGCUGCUUGUGAGAGUCAAUAAUCACUUCCAGAGCAUGAUUUUUGGUGGCGUGCUAGUAAGAGAUGGGACAGUGGAAACUUUUCAAUGGGUGUUCACUGGAUUUACCCGCAUGAUGGGCGACAAACAUCCACAAACCGUGCUCACAGAUCAAUGCAAGGCGAUGGAAGUAGCAAUAGAGAAAGUGAUGCCAUACACGACUCACCGUUGCUGCAAGUGGCACGUGCAAUUGGUAAUUUCAUGGGGCUAAAAGCUCCAGAACGAAAACAAAAGCCCGGUCGACCAAUCACUUGCAGGGAUAAACCUCCGUAUGAUGAUCGUGGUGCAAAAAGCAAGAAGUACAUACUGACAGCAAAUGCACAAGCUGGAAAUGGAUGCGGGACAAGUAAACGAACUCGCUUCUCCAGUAUAUGUUGAGAACCAGGGCACAAGAUCACCACAUGUCCACAAUGAGGUGAUCUUCCUCAAAAAGAAAGGAAAGCGGCAAAAUGCUCGAAUUGUGGCGUCAGUGGUCACAGGAAAAAUACCUGCAGCAAGCCUAGGGUUGAACUCCAUGUUGUUGAAAAUGCUACCUUAGAGCCAAAUGCAAUUUGCCGGCGACUUCAUUUAGAUUCAUUGUUUUUGUUCUGUGUUGUUGAGGGCUCUGUAGGUGUUAACUUUAACCGGAAGACUCUUGUUGUAAUAAUAACCGUCAGUGAAGUACGUGUUGUUUGUGGUCAGGUUGUCGCUGUGAUUUGAAUAUUUAUCAUGUAGAAGAAAAAAUGUAUGAGUUUAAGACUUGCCUAAUGUUGUAGUGUGCAUGUGCAUCUCCCCUUUUGUA